UUACACUCCUAAAUAAUUUCAAUUAAGAAAUAUCAUAUAUAUCAAUCAAUUAAGAUAUUCUUUUCUAUGAAACAAAAUGUUGAACUUAACGGCUCUAUUGAAAAUAAAUCUCUAAUUAAAAUUGUACCAUACAUUCCAUUAACUAAUUUUAACAAAUCUAUGAAAUCUUAGAUAGCUCAAAUGUAUUUGAGCCACUUUGGAGGUUCUUCUAAUUUAAAUAGGCCAAGUACAAUUAAUACUACUGAUAAUAGGACAAAAAGAAAUUAAUCAUAAGAAAUAUAAAAAAAUAGAAAAUCAGAACCUUUAAUUAAUCUUGCUCAUGAGAAAAAAAAUUUUUUAGAUGAAGAAUAUCCUUCGAUUGUACUCCAUCCUCGAGAAAAUAGGUACAUGUUUGAGAGAAUUAAAAAGAAUAAUAUAAAUUGUAAUUAGUAAAAUCCAUAAUUCAGAUGUUAGUCAGCUUAAAAAGAAAGCAAAAGGAGUAUGAGCUUUGGCAGUAUGAUUGGAAUUAAUCAGAGUACAGCAUAUAAUACCAAUUUUAGCAAUUCAACUCUAUAUAAAGAGUCAACUCCAACAACCAAUCACUCUAACUAUUCUGAUAGCCUGUAAAUUUCACCUUUAAAAAAAGCUAAGAAAGUUAUAAUAAGCUAUAAAUCUGGAAGAUCUUUAUCUAAAUCUUAGUCUUCUUUUAGUGAACUAUCUCAAAAAGUGAUAAAAGACAUAAAUUUAAAAAAAUAAAUGGAUUGUUGGGUCAAAUAGAAUAGUUCACCAUAUAUUGAAUAUUAAAACACAAACUAACUAUUAACCUAUACAAAGAAUUCCCACUUUACAAAUAUUGUUCUAAAAUAAAGUAUGGCUGCUGCUUCGAGCAUAAAUGUAGCUCCAAUAGUUACAACAAGAUCAUCUAACUAAGGAAUAAAUCCUUUACAACUCCAGCAAGAAUAGUAAGAAUAAACAAAGUAAAAUUCGUAAAAUAAAUAAUUAAAUCAAUAGCAGUAACAGAAUCUUAUUAAAAACUUACAACAUUUAAAAUAAUAAUAAAAAACAAAUGAUUAAUAAAAAGAAUAGAUUUAUUAUCCCAUAUAGCCGUUUUAAUCAAAAUUUAAGAUUAUACAUUAAAAAAAAGUGCUUGUAAAAGAUGUUUUCUGA